AUGACAACCCCUUCUACCCCACCUUUCAAUGAACACUCUAGAACCACCAGAGAUGAAGACGAAGGCAGGACCAAACCAUUUUUUGACGAGGUCGUUAGACAAGGCGUCCUUUUUAAGACCGACCGCCCUGGUUAUCCAAAAGGCCAGAGCAUUGUGCCACGUCAAGUCAGCUUCGAUUCCAUGCCAAUGUCCGGCCUCACAGACGAACAACUUAUCGAUGAGUUAAAAUUUAUCAUUGCGAAGAGUACUAACUCGAGGUCCCGAAACUUUUUGGGAUAUCCGGAUGCUACUGUGUGCCCUGCUGCACUUGGGGCAGCCCUCCUGAUACCACUUCUGAACCAAAACAUGGCGAACCCAGAGACUUGUCCGCCAGAAGCGACCCUUGUUGGCCUUGUGAAUUUUGGCAGUGCUGAUGUCCAAGGAAAAAGUGACUUGAAGGUGGUAGAACGUGCCACGCAGGCUGAUCUUUUCAUGUGA